AUGCACCGGCAAGACAGCGUGCACCCGCAAGACAGCAUGCACCCGCAAGACAGUGUGCACCCGUACGAUAACGUGCACCCGCAAGACAGCCGUGCACCCGCAAGACAGCGUGCACCCGCAAGAGAGCGUGCACCGGCAAGACAGCGUGCACCCGCAAGACAGCGUGCCCCCCCAAGACAGCGUGCACCCGCAAGACAGUGUGCACCCGCACGCCAGCGUGCACCCGCAAGACAGCGUGCACCCGCAAGAGAGCGUGCACCGGCAAGACAGCGUGCACCCGCAAGACAGCGUGCCCCCCCAAGACAGCGUGCACCCGCAAGACAGUGUGCACCCGCACGCCAGCGUGCACCCGCAAGACAGCGUGCACCCGCAAGAGAGCGUGCACCGGCAAGACAGCGUGCACCCGCAAGACAGCGUGCCCCCCCAAGACAGCGUGCACCCGCAAGACAGUGUGCACCCGCACGCCAGCGUGCACCCGCAAGACAGCGUGCACCCGCAAGAGAGCGUGCACCGGCAAGACAGCGUGCACCCGCAAGACAGCGUGCCCCCCCAAGACAGCGUGCACCCGCAAGACAGUGUGCACCCGCACGCCAGCGUGCACCCGCAAGACAGCGUGCACCCGCAAGAGAGCGUGCACCGGCAAGACAGCGUGCACCCGCAAGACAGCGUGCCCCCCCAAGACAGCGUGCACCCGCAAGACAGUGUGCACCCGCACGCCAGCGUGCACCCGCAAGACAGCGUGCACCCGCAAGAGAGCGUGCACCGGCAAGACAGCGUGCACCCGCAAGACAGCGUGCCCCCCCAAGACAGCGUGCACCCGCAAGACAGUGUGCACCCGCACGCCAGCGUGCACCCGCAAGACAGCGUGCACCCGCAAGAGAGCGUGCACCGGCAAGACAGCGUGCACCCGCAAGACAGCGUGCCCCCCCAAGACAGCGUGCACCCGCAAGACAGUGUGCACCCGCACGCCAGCGUGCACCCGCAAGACAGCGUGCACCCGCAAGAGAGCGUGCACCGGCAAGACAGCGUGCACCCGCAAGACAGCGUGCCCCCCCAAGACAGCGUGCACCCGCAAGACAGUGUGCACCCGCACGCCAGCGUGCACCCGCAAGACAGCGUGCACCCGCAAGAGAGCGUGCACCGGCAAGACAGCGUGCACCCGCAAGACAGCGUGCCCCCCCAAGACAGCGUGCACCCGCAAGACAGUGUGCACCCGCACGCCAGCGUGCACCCGCAAGACAGCGUGCACCCGCAAGACAGUGUGCACCCGCAAAGCAGUGUGCACCCGCAAAAGUGUGCAAUGGCUACGGCAUUGCCAUGGUGACUGAGCGAGAUGGAGAUGGAGCCACCUUUGCCGAGGGCUUCCAGGCCGUGUCCCUGGCUCCCCACCCUCCUUACGGAGGCCCCCGAGGACCCGGGGUCUGA